AUGGCCCUCAACACAGCCUACCUCUCCUCCAACCGCGGCAUCAUCAAGGUGCUGCAGAUCAUUUGCGGUCUCGCCAUCAGUGUGCUCUUCUGCGGAGGAUGGACGAAGAUGGGCUGCUUCGGAUGGGGCCAAAUCGGCUACUCGACCACGAUCAACUCCGUGAUCACGAUCAUCAACGUUGUCUUCUUCUUCCUGAACUUCCUCGACGCCAAGUUCUGGCGAUUGGAACGCGUCUACGGAGCUAUCUGCACGGUGCUCUACCUGAUCGCCGCCGCCCUGAUGGUCUGGUUCCUGAUUGUCGAGACGAACGACUACCGUGCCCCCACCGUUAUUGGAACAGUUCUCCUGUUCGUGCAAUUCAUGCUCUUCCUCUGGGACGUCAAAAUCCUCCAGGGAGAGGCCUGGAAC